UCCCGCGAGGCGUCAAAUCGAUGCAAUCAAACUUGACACGAGGAUACGGAAACGUCCUGUUUAUAUUGCCUUGUGAAGAAUUUCCACCCAGACACUGACAUCAAACGCGGCAAAAUGCCGAAGAAACCUGUUAGAAAUGCAUUUUAUUUCUUCAUGUUGGAGAUUGAACCUGCGUUGAGGCGUGAGGGUCGUGUUUUGAAUGGCAUGCAGGAUGUUGUUCCCAUCGCGCAUCCAAGAUGGAAGGCAUUACCUGACAAGGAGAGACAGAGGUUUGAGCGUAUGGCGAAGGAAUACAAAGGACAGAGAAGGGGUGUGCAGGGUGAUAAAGUGCGGAUGGACAAUCAGGGCAAUAUCAUUGCUCACAGAGUUGAUGCAAGAUCAGAACGGGAAAAGAAACAUUCAAAGGAAAUUAAGUCGGUACGAGAGACGUUUCCCCCUGGCAAAGCUGUUGCAGAUGAGAAUUUCUACCUGAUAAAUUUCCAGACCCUCUGUAAGACUGUAGACGGUGACUAUUUGCCUGUCGAAGUUGCAGUCAUAGAAUACAGUAUAUGCAAGGGCAUCAAGAGAACAUUCCACAAAUUUAUUGAACCAGGGAAAAUACCAACAGGUUACAGAUAUGAGUGUCAACAGAAAAGUACUGACUACCACCAGAUUCCAGUGUCAGGUUUUGAUAAAGCGGACGAUAAUUACAGAGGGAUGUGGAUUCAGCUUGAGAAUUUUGUUAAUCCAAAUGGAGACAAACCAGAAUACCCUCCUUUGUUCUGUCUGGGGGACGACUGUGAGGAGAUGGCUUACUGUCUUGAGUGGGUCAAGGGAGGAGCCGCCCUUGGAGUCCCAAACCGCCUCAAGAAAGUGUAUGAGCUUGAAGGCCUUGUGGUGGAGCUAUUCGGACACAUUGGUCCAGCACCGUCCAAAUCCUCUGUCAUAGACAUGCUAACCUCUAGUACCUGGGACUAUGAGCCAAAUACUAAAUGUGCUUUCCAUGAAGACUUAGAAUGUAAAUUCUGCUCGCUCGGAAUCGUGAAGCGAUAUGCAUUUGCUAUCUCCGACAGUAUCUGUGAGAAGUAUGAUGUUGAUUUGACCAAGAACCACAUCCCCAUACGUAACAACAUCAAUGCUGGAUGUACAAUCCUUCCGCCGUCCUCUAUGCAAUCCAGAAAGGGGGGUGUUCCUCCCCCAAGACAGACUGGAGGGGCAGCCUACAAACCACCUCAAUCAAGGGCCGCCCCACCCCCCACAUUUGGCAGUCAGCAGCCAGCUUCCAAACAAAAAAUGGCAUCCUAUGGAGUAGAUGAUGAUGAUGACACAGACGACAGUGAUGAUGAUAUUGGAUAUCAGUCACUGAGAAGACCCAAUAUGCCAGCCCCAGGAUCUGCAGGUAUUAUGGCGUCGGCACCUACACAGUCGGCCUGGACAGGCAAUGUCCCAGUCCGUCCAACACUAUCCGCCAUGCCAAACAAUGCUCCCAUUCGUCCUACACAGUCGGCUUGGUCAGCCACCGCACCGGUCACCAGACCUGCAGUGCCACCAAGCCAGAUCGUGCCUGGCCUGGGACAGACCGGCCCCACGACCUGUUGGACGAGGGUACAUGCCAACCUCUGGGGACUUCCCUUCCCUGGGGAGAGGCACAUCAAUUUACACAGCUAUGGCAGGUGUUGGGCGAGGAGUGGCAAAACAUAUACCAGAUGAUGAGAUUCCAAA